CCUCUCCAACCCGCCAUCUACUCUCCCCUUCAUCACCACCCAUAAAUGAUAUGUUGGACCCCCGUCGUCGUACCAUUUAGUCUGAUUCAAUUCUUUCUUGGUUCUUCUUUCACUUUCGAAAAAUUUAAAUUGUGCAAAUUUGGCUUCUUUUUUUUUUUAUCAAGUUUGUGUAUUAUAAUUGGUCGAUUGUGGAUCUGUCCCCACAAAUAAUCCUCUUUCUUGACAGUUACUGAUCAGAAAGGUAAAAAGAUGGAGGCUUCCAAUGGGUUAAAAGUAGUCCAACUCAGAUCUCUCCGACGUAGUUCAAAGUCCAAAACCUUCGACAUAAGCAGGGACGGCUCCAUCAGAAUUCUCUUCGUAUCUUUCCUUCCUUAAAUCAGGAAAAGGCCAGAGACCCAUCUCUGGGAAUCCCAUUUUCCAGCUACCCAUUUCAAAUAAUGGCUGCCUGAGAGGUGAGCUCACUAAUUCUUGCUGUUUCUGCAACUGGGUAUUCAGUCUUGGCCCUUGAUCCAAUUUUUCCAGCAAGUGUUCUGUUCUUCCCUAUUCCUGAUCAGUUCUUGUCGGGUCUUUCUUCUUGGUGAGUUCCUUGUGUUCGUUCAUUUUCCCUAGUGGGGAAUUGUAAUUUCAUGGCUAAAUGGAGAUCUUUGGGCAAUGAAUUUUCAUUGUCUGGCUUCUAGUUGAACUUGGGUUGUUACUUUGCUUUAUUAGCUUUCACAUGUAAACCGUUGACUGGCUGAAUUUCUUUGAAUCCCUUUUUCCUUUCUUUAGUGGCAUUCUCUGUGAUAUUUGAUUUUCCUAUGUUGAGCUGAAAUUUUCUUCUGGGGCUGUUCAUGGAAAUUUGGGGCUUCUUCCCUUCUAUGGGGAGGCUUUUGGUGCCUCUCCUUCUGUGUGAAGUUUGUAUGGCUAGUGUUCAAAAUAUUGGGAAGAUGAAUCCUGGAUUUACAGGGUCUCAAAUGAAUUGGAUAGACAAUGAUGGGGUAUUUCUUCUAUCAAAUAACUCGAAUUUUGGUUUUGGCUUCAUCACAACCACCGAGGAUGUCACUUUGUUUCUUGUGGCUAUCGUUCAUAUGAGCAGUUUAAAAGUGGUUUGGUCUGCAAAUAGAGCCUCCCCCAUCCGAAAUUCUGAUGACUUUGUGUUCGAUAAUAGCGGUAAUGCUUACUUGAAAAGUGGGGGAACCACGGUAUGGGCUACGAAUACUGCAGGAAAAGGAGUUUCAACCAUGGAAUUGCUCGAUUUAGGGAAUCUGCUCUUGCGUGGGAACGAUGGCGGUGUCGUUUGGCAGAGCUUCAGCCAUCCCACAGACACCCUUUUGUCGGACCAGGACUUCACCGAGGGAAUGAAACUUGUGAGCAAUCCCAAUAACAAUAACUUGAGCUACUUUCUCGAUAUCAAGUCUGGCGAUACGAUUCUUUAUGCAGGCUUUCAAACUCCACAGACUUACUGGUCUAUGCAAAAGGACAACCGGAAAACCAUCAACAAAGAUGGUGGCGUGGUCUCUUUGGCAUCUCUUAGUGCCAAUUCAUGGAGGUUUUAUGAUAAGCACAAAGUCUUGCUGUGGCAAUUUAUUUUUUCAGACAAAACUGAUCCAAAUUCAACUUGGGUUGCAGUUUUGGGAAGUGAUGGAUUUAUUACCUUCUCAACUCUUCAAAAUGGAGGUCCAAGCCCUUCACCGACGCGAAUACCUGAUGAUCCAUGUGGUACGCCUGAACCUUGUGAUUCAUAUUAUGUAUGUUACAGCGGCAACAGGUGCCAGUGUCCUGCUGUUCUUAGUUCCCUUCAGGGUUGCAAACCGGGCAUCGUCUCCCCUUGUACUCACUCAAAGGGCCCUAUAAAACUUGUUGAAGCAGGGGAUGGGCUCCAUUAUUUUGCGAUUGACUUUGUUUCACCGAGCUCUGCAACUAAUCUAGAUGGCUGCAAAACCUCUUGUCUUGGUAACUGCUCGUGCCUUGCUUUGUUCUACCAGAAUAGCUCAAGAAAUUGUUUUCUUUUUGACCGGAUAGGCAGCUUCCAGAACUCGGAAAAUGGUGCUGGCUUUGUUUCAUACAUUAAGGUUCUGAGUACUGGAGGCAGUGAGAAUGGCACUGGAGGAGGGGGUGGAAGCGGCCACUUCUCUUAUGUCAUCAUCAUAGUGAUUGCAACCGUUGUUGCUAUUGCCGGCCUACUUUUUCUUGGGUAUCGUUACCAUCGCAGGAAGAGAAAUUUGCCUGAAUCGCCUAAAGAUACUUCAGAGGAGGAUAAUUUCUUGGAGAACUUAUCUGGGAUGCCAAUCCGUUUCACUUACCGAGAUCUUCAAACUGCAACCAAUAACUUCUCUGUUAAGCUCGGACAAGGAGGUUUCGGCUCAGUUUACCAAGGUGUUCUGCCGGAUGGAACUAGACUUGCCGUGAAGAAACUGGAAGGCAUUGGCCAAGGAAAGAAAGAGUUCCGAGCUGAAGUUAGCAUAAUUGGCAGCAUCCAUCAUCUCCAUUUGGUCAGGCUGAAAGGCUUCUGUGCUGAAGGAAUGCAUCGGCUUCUUGUCUACGAAUACAUGGCAAACGGUUCUUUAGAUAAAUGGAUAUUCAGGAAAAACAGGGACUCUUUCAUGUUAGAUUGGAAGACGAGGUUCAACAUUGCGUUGGGAACGGCUAAAGGACUGGCAUAUCUCCACGAGGAUUGCGAUGCAAAGAUUGUUCACUGCGACAUAAAACCAGAAAACGUGCUCCUGGACGACAAUUACCUAGCCAAAGUCUCAGAUUUCGGCUUGGCAAAGCUAAUGACGCGGGAGCAGAGCCACGUGUUCACGACUCUAAGGGGCACAAGGGGGUACCUUGCACCAGAGUGGAUCACAAACUACGCGAUAUCAGAGAAGAGCGAUGUUUAUAGCUACGGGAUGGUGUUGCUUGAAAUCAUUGCUGGCAGGAAAAGCUAUGACCCUGCGGAAACUUCAGAGAAGUGUCAUUUUCCUUCCUACGCUUUCAAGAUGAUGGAAGAAGGCAAGCUGAGAAGCAUCCUCGAUUCGGAGCUGGCGAUAGAUGAAGAAGAUGAGAGGUUAGCCAUUGCAAUCAAGGUUGCUUUGUGGUGCAUACAGGAUGAUAUGCACCUGAGGCCAUCCAUGGCAAAGGUUGUCCAAAUGCUGGAAGGUCUCUGCGCGGUUCCUUCUCCGCCAACGGCUUCUCAAAUGGGCUCGAGGCUGUAUUCGGGUUUCUUCAAGUCGGCCAGCGACGAGGGCACGUCGUCAGGGGCAUCGGCCCCGUCAGACUACAACAGCGACGCAUAUCUUUCGGCCGUGCGGCUAUCGGGGCCAAGAUAGCAGUGGUCCUCUGUUCAUUAUCACUCACUCUCGUGUUUCUUCUUGCUGUAUAUGCCAUGAGAUCAUUAAUAUGUUGCGAAAGUAGCCGUUACAAAGCUUGAGGUUGUUUCCAUAUGCCUGCCUGCCUGAUUGUUUCGUGAAUGAAAUAGUCCCAAUUCAAUUUGACUGAUUGAAUCCUACUGUCGAUUGAUUGAUUUUGGUA